UUUUUUUAUUACAUCAAGUACUACCUGGUAUCUAAUUAUUGACGCUACAUUCUCAAGGGUUUUUAUUGGACAAUUCUACUGUCAGUCGUGUUGUGUUAGCCCACCUUCCGGGCUUUUAAAUGGGCACCAAUAGAAAGUGAACUAUUCAAUCUGUAGGCGCAGAGAGAUGCCGGUGUGCCGCAUGCUGAGGACAGUGCGCUUUUACUGACAGUGUGGCACCAUGUGAAACACCUCCAGCUUCAUACACAAAUAGAAUACACAACAAAUCUGGACAAGAGGAGAACAACUUGGAACCUUCUGACUAGUAACUUUAGGACUUCUGCGUGUAAACUAUCUACUGUAUAUUGCUCAGUGUCUGCGGGACGAUAAGCGACAUGUUUGCGCAUCAGUCUGUGCUGUGCGCGUUUUUAACUUCAUUGACGCUCUUUGCGCAGUUGGUGCCGCGGAUCCCGGCGCAAAAAUCCAGCGGUCGUCGGUGGCUGAUUGGAGAUCGAGACAGUCACUGUGGGAUUACAUGCACCAAGAAUGCUGGAAAACCAGUGUGUGGAUCAGAUGGACGCAGUUAUGAAACAAACUGUGAGCUGCAGAGGGCAAAAUGCAAGGACCACACACUCACACUAGCUUACAGGGGCCGGUGCAAAGGUAAAAACUGGGUACGGAUUGAUCAGGCACCCAUAAUUACCCCACCCACAAUGGCUUCAGAAAGUAAAGAGUUUGAAUUAAAAGGCUCUGGCCAGUCGAAAUGCUUGAUGGAAAGGAGCCAGGCUCUGGAGCAGGCCAAACGUCCACUGGAGUCCAUCUUCAUCCCGGAGUGCAAUGAAGAUGGGACGUUUGCCCAGGUCCAGUGUCACACUCUUACAGGGUACUGCUGGUGUGUUACUACAGACGGAAAACCCAUCAGUGGCUCAUCAGUGCACAACAAGACCCCGUUGUGCUCAGGAAACUUCCGUGAAUAUACGGGAACUCAUGCUGGGACGAGUGGACUUACAGGUUCGGUGACUGAUAAACCACCAGGACCCAUGGGCUCUGGCAAAAAAGUCUCUUUCCGGUUCUUUCUCACACUAAACCCAGAUGAUGGCUCCAAACCCACACCCACCAUGGGGACCCAUCUCAUCAGAGACAGUGAAAGGAUCACAGCCCCCCCACUGCUGAUCAAGGUGGAAGGCGACCGGAAUAACUCCAGCAGCAGGAAGCCAGAGAAAGUUCCCUCUUGUGACCAGGAGAGAGAGAGUGCACUGGAUGAGGCUCGACUGAAUUUGCGAGAAGGCAUCUUCAUCCCUGACUGUGGGCAGCUGGGACUGUACAAGCCUGUCCAGUGCCACCAGUCCACUGGCUACUGCUGGUGUGUGCUGGUUGACACAGGGCGGCCUAUUCCUGGAACCUCGACCAGGUAUAAGAAGCCAGAGUGUGAUGGUAGAGCCCAUUCUAGAGUAUUAGAGAUAGAAGAUCCUUUCAAAGACAGAGAUCUGACUGGUUGUCCAGACGGCAAGAAACUAGACUUCAUAACCAGCUUAAUGGACGCACUAACAACAGACAUGGUACAGGCUAGUAGUGGCGGGAGAUUUUUAGAGCCUGACCCGAACCACACUCUGGAGGAGCGCGUGGUGCACUGGUAUUUUGCUCAGCUUGACAACAACGGCAGCCUUGAUAUCAGCAAAAAGGAGAUAAAGCCAUUCAAGCGUUACGUAAAAAAGAAAGCUAAACCCAAGAGAUGUGCCCGCAAAUUCACUGAUUACUGCGACCUGAACAAGGACAAGUCCAUCUCUCUGCAGGAGCUGAAAGGAUGCCUCGGAGUCAAUAAAGAAGGUUCUACAGUGACCAGCAGCAGUCCGGGGACAAGGCAAGGAACUCAUUUAUUCAUAGGACGUCUAGCGUGAGGACAGAAGCUUCCACAAGAUGAGCCAAGAGAGAAGACAGGCUGGCGACUUGUACUGGAAGAAAAAAAUCAGAGCAGAAGAACACAAGAGGUUCCUAAAAAAAAAAUUGAAAUGACUACAUGGAGCCAAAAUAUUUGCACUUUCUCCUCCCAUCGGUAGACAUUUGCUCUGUCUUUGGUUUCGAUGUAAAGGAUUUAUGAGAAAAAUGUUUUUAGGAAAUGGCACUCGUACUUGUGGCUGACUACCUGCUUCAAACCAUGCAAUAUGUCAUGUGUGUUAUAGAAAAUCGAACUCACCGCACAGUUCUGACAGUAUUUUUUUUAUUAUUUAGCCUCUUCAACAGCUGGCUUAUUCAGUUAUUCAUUCUAAAGUUUAAUAUUCAGAAGCUACUAUGAAAUGUUUAGCAAAUACAGUGAGCGAACUAGGUUUGGGUUUGCCUAUGGAGUCUGAGAACGUUAACUCUGAACGUUCUAUGUUGUCUGCCGAAAUUAUCACCCGCUGCUUGGUUUCCUACACAAUUCUACUCAUAGUCGCACAUUACCCGUCUGUUAUAGGAUAACGUUGUAUAGUUAUUGUUGAAAACAAAGAAAGAAUAAAUAAAGGUAAAAUAAAGAGAUGGUUUGUUACAGCACAGUCAUUGUGAAACACAUCAGAUGUCUCAAAUCAGCCGUAUAUCAAUUGACGUACAAUUAUGAAAUAAAGUGUGCUCUGAGGAUUUCUGAAUAAUGCAUCUGAUAUAGAUACUGUAAAGCUCUGAAACUGUAUUAUUACAUUUUACAUUACAUUUACAGCAUUUAGCAAUGCUUUACCAAAGCGAUUUACAACUAUGACUGAAUACAAUCUAAGCAAUUAAGGUUUAAGUGUCUUGCUCAAAGGCCCAGAAGUGGCAGUUUGGCAGUGCUGGGGCUUAAACCGGCAACCUUUUGGAUUACUAGUCCAGUACCUUAACCACUUAGCUACCACAGCCAAAACAUUAAAACCACCUCCUUGUUUCUACACACAUUGUCCAUUUUACCUGCUUCACUUACCAUAUAGGAGCACUUUGUAGUUCUACAAUUACUGACUGUAGUCCACCUGUUUCUCUGCAUGCUUUGUUAGCCCCGUUUUAUGCUGUUCUUUAGUGGUCAGGACUCUCCCAGGACCACUACAGAGUAGGUAUUAUUUGGGUUGUGACACUGACAUGGGGGUGUGUAAGUGUGUGUUGCGCUGGUAUGAGCGGAUAAUGGAGUUUUUAAACACCUUACUGUCCUUGCUGGAAUGAGAAUAGUCCACCAACCAAAAAUAUAUCAGCCACCAGCGCCCCUGAUGAAGGUCUCAAAGAUGACCAACUCAAACAGCAGCAAUAGAUGAGCAAUCAUCUCUGACUUUACAUCUACAAGGUGGACCAACUAGGUAGGAGUGUCUAAUAGAGUGGACAGUAAGAAGACACGGUCUUUAAAAACUCCAGCAGCGCUGCUGUGUCUGAUCCACUCAUACCAGCACAACACACACAAACACACCACCACCAUGUCAUUGUCACAAAGUUCUUUUAACUUAGUAUAAAAUAGUAGCAUCAGCUUUUCAUUUAUACAAAUGCAUUAUUCUAAAAUGACAUUCAGUGGUUAUGCAUGUGUUAUGAAGUGGGAAUACAGGUCACCUUCAUAUCUGACCGAAAGUCUAAAGAAAGAAAUAGCCCAGAACUCAGUCUCCCAACAUGUGAUGAUCUUUGCAAUGAAAGAAAGAUGGGAUUUGUUGUUGUCUGUGUUUGUUUGUGUGUCUCACUGGUUUUCAUGUUUGUGUAAUUGUCUGAUUUUGAACAUGUCCUUGAAUGUCAUUGUUUUGGCUCAUGAAAGGAAAAAAAUGAAACCAUCAAGUUGUAAAUAUGUAUCGUGUGUGCUUUUUUCCCAUCAUCAUUCUGCAUCAGUGGUUAUAAAGACAAUAUUGACAUCAUUUAAAAGCUCUUUUAGAUACAUUGUGUUAGUAAAAAGGUUUUCUUUCAGUAUACAUUUGUUUGAACGUCCACUUUCAUUUAAGUGACUGUCAAUUAAAAUACACAUUUUGAAUGUAA